CAAAAGCGCCUGAAACAGUUGCGACUGCAACGUCGAGUUGUGACGACGGACCGUCCACAGUGUCCUAGUUACCCAAGGAGUUCAUCAGCCCUCCCCCUCCAAGGAUACCAAAACAUAAUCAAGCAAACAAAAUAAUAUAAAACAUAGAAAGGCAAAAAACCAAACAAGUACAAAAUGCUUGCCUAGCCUGAGAGACUAAAAUAUUGCGCAUACGCCGCAUAGUGCAAACUAUAAAAUUAACUGUGAUAAAAGUUGAAUUUUCUUCGUUCUUCGACACCAAAAAAAUCAACAACAACCUCUAACUCAAACCCAAACUCCCCUUGUGCUCUAAACAAAGAAGCCGAAGAAUCAUCAACCAAAAUGUCAGUACCCAUGCUGCUGACCCCCAUGGAGGCCCAGAGUCCGGAUGAGCACAUGCAAAAUUGUGCCGCCUUUGCGGAUGGAGCCGCCCUCGUCUAUGGAACGGGCAAUGAGCUGGAGUCCGCCGCCGCCGCCUGCAAGCCCACUUUGCGGGAGUUCAAUGUGCGUCUGGAGGUGCCGCUGAGACCCGAGGAGCGUCUGGGCUUGACCGGUGAUGCCAAGGCUCUGGGCGAGUGGCAGCUGUCGAGGAGUGUGCCUCUGGAAUCACUGGAUGAGCUCAACUGGCAGGCCACGGUGCCGAUGCAAUCAUGCCGGCAGCUGGAGUAUCGUUUCUUUGUCUACGUGGAGGAUCGUUCCGGCUACAAGCAAAUCCGUCGCUGGGAGACGCACUUCAAGCCCAUCUUGGGACCCUGCUCGGAGCUGCAGUGCAGCCAGUUGGAUGUGUUCGGCAUCACCGCCGAUAAUGCCGAUCUGAAGCCGCAAGUGCAUCGCGGCUGGCUCAACCACGAGGUGAUCUUGCAGCUCAAGUUCAACGGCGAGAAGAUGUUCCAGGUCCACGACAUAGAGACCUUUGACCCACAUGUGCAGCUGAAGAUUGUGCCCGUAGAGCAGACCGCCGGCCUUCAGGUGGAGUACACAAAGCAGGAGUAUGGCAAGAGUCAGCUGGACCAGCAGCCCACCUUCGGGGUGCCGUACACCAAGGGGGAUAUCAUCAUAUUCCACAUCACCCUGCCGCUGGAGAGAAUGAUGCAGCAGCAUUUCCUGGAGUGCUACAGCAUGAGCAACGAGCUUCUGGGCAGCGCCAAUCCUAGCGCCGAUCUGACGGGCAGCGAGGGACUACUUCACCUUCCCAUCAAGUCGGCCAAGGAUGCCGAGGAGACUCUGGCCAGGCUAAGGCUCCCAUAUGUGGUUGUGCAACCGUAUCGCUAUUCCCCGUUGGACUUUAAGACCACCUAUGCCCACUACUGGCCCAAGAGUUGGCCCAGUCUGGACGUGGGUCAUCGUGGCAAUGGCAAGAGCUACAUUGCGGGCCCCGCUGAGAGGGAGAACACCAUUGCCUCCUUCCUGAGUGCCCACGAACAUCAUGCGGAUAUGAUCGAGUUGGAUGUCCACUUGACGGCCGACGGUGUGCCCGUGAUCUAUCACGACUUUGGACUACGCACUGCUCCGCCCGGCAAACAGAUCAGCCGGCCGGACCAACUGGAAUACGUGCUGAUUAAGGACAUCAACUAUAGUCUCCUGAAGCGACUGCGCAUCUUCUCUGUGAUCGCAGGCAAAGUGGUGGAGUAUCCCUCCCACAACGCUGAGCCCCGGCCUGAGCAUCGGAUCUUCCCAACGCUAGUGGAGGUGCUCGUCCAGCUGCCCAAGUCCCUGGGCAUUGAUGUGGAGAUCAAGUGGCCGCAGCGUCGACAGGGCGGAGGAUCUGAGGCAGAGCAGACCAUCGACAAGAACUUUGCCGAUAAAGUACUCCAUCAGGUGAUCCAGCACGGUUGUGGCAGGCCCAUAAUCUUUUCCAGCUUCGAUGCCGAUAUGUGUACGAUGUUGCGCUUCAAGCAGAACAUCUUCCCGGUCAUGUUCCUUACCCAGGGCGAGACGAAGAAGUGGCAGCCCUUCCUGGAUCUGCGAACCCGCAACUUCAUGGCGGCCGUUAACAAUGCCCAGGCCUUCGAGUUGGCUGGCACAGCACCGCAUGCCGGAUUCCUCGGCGACAACGCGCCGGAGAUGCCAAAAGCCAAGGAUCUUGGACAGAUUGCUGUGAUCUGGGGUGACGACUGUAAUUCCAGACGAGUGCAGUAUUUCACCCGAAUCGGGGCCACAGCCACGUGCUACGAUCGCAGCGAUCUCUACAUGCCACCGGCAAAGCAGGAUGCCUUCUUCAAAUCACCAGCCCUGAUGGCUGAGUUUGCAGCCCAAUGCCGGAUUUAAAAUGCAAAACAAAAAAAGAUAUAUGUGAAACGGGCGGGUAAAUCUAAGCCAUAAUUAUAAUCGUUAAGCUUGUAAAGUUAGUUUGUAUAUUUAUUUAAACCCCACAACUGGGAAGAAAGAGAAACGUGUGAGAAGCUUUAAAGUGAUUUUGUUGAACAAUUUCUAAUUUCAAACGGAAACCGAAACAGAAACCCAUAAAUAAAGCAGCCAUCAUUGGCAUAAUUAGAAAUGCAAAAAAAUCCCCCACAAAAAUUAAGUAGCACCAGAAAAAAGACAAUGUGAAGAAAGCGAUGAGCUGAAAAUUACAAAAACACAUACACCUACAUUACCUGCUAAUAAUCUAUCUAUACCUCAAGAAAAAAUAAGCAAAAAAUACUAAUAAGCUAAUACAAUCUUAACUACACGAAAACUAAUCAACACACACCACGGGGAAAUACACAUUUAAAAUGAUUUUAUGUGAACUAUGUAACACACUCUCUUGCGAUUUGUGCAAGAGCAACUAGUUUUAUACAAAUUAGAUAAAUAUUUUAUAUAUAUAAAUGUUGUAAACUUGA